AGUACCGUCAACCUUCUCAGUCCGUCUCCGAACCUAAUAAUCGUACUGCGCUCUGCCAGCGGGGACGAGAGCCGCCACAAACUAUUAAAAAUUACCAAAAAAACAUUGUUCUUCCCCGUUCUGAAAAUUCUGUAUACACAUUUGUUGUUUCUUUCUGAAGAUUUUAUAAAUCUUUUUUUAUACAUCGGUUGUUUUGCGCGGAUUAUGACUGUAGUUUGAUCAUAUCAUGGAUAUUACUAUGCUGCUCCGGGGCCGUUCAUUAGAAGAUGGUCCGCUCUGAAACUGAGGUAGGACACGCAGCUGUUGGAUGCCUCCAGAGGUAACGUGGUGAGGCCAGGUGAGCCCUCCUUCUCUAUCCCUGUUCCCAGUUGGCAGCCGGACUGAGGGAUGUCACAGGUGUUCAUUCUCCUGGCACUGCUCACGCUCUCUGCCAGCUUCCAGAUCUCCCAUGCCGAAUCUCUGAAGACUUUGGUGGAACAAUGGGUGAAGUACAAGGAGCAGUGCAACCAUAACAUCAGCAGUGAACCGCCAGCCACAGGUGUGGUGUGCAAUAGGACCUUCGACAGGUAUGCCUGCUGGCCAGAUGGACAGCCCAAUAGCACAGUGAGGGUGGCCUGCCCCUGGUACCUGCCAUGGCACCACAAAGUCCAGAAUGGCUUUGUGUAUUGGGAGUGUGGCCCAGAUGGGCAGUGGGUCCACGUGAGAAAUACCAGUGAAUGUGAAGCAGAUGACCAGCGGUACGGAAGAAUCCUCAGCAAGGUCCGGGCGAUGUACACAGUUGGGUACUCUAUUUCCCUUGGUGCUCUGGUCUUGGCCCUCGGAAUCUUGAUGGCCUUCAGAAGACUCCACUGCAUGCGCAACAACAUCCACAUGAACUUGUUUGCCUCGUUCAUCUUACGGGCGCUCUCUAUUCUCCUGAAAGAUGCGCUUCUGGACAAGGUCUUCGUCAAUAUCCCUCCUUAUGACAUUGCAAACGACUGCCAGGUGGAGUUGCAGGUCAGCAGUGAGGUGGCAAUAGGAUGCCGCAUCACCAUGGUGAUGAUGCAGUACAGUAUUAUGGCAAACAACUACUGGCUGCUAGUGGAAGGCAUCUACCUGUACAACCUGCUGGUUGUAACUGUUUUCACCGAGAGAAACUACUUCACUAUCUACUUGUGCAUUGGCUGGGGCGCUCCACUUAUAUUUGUGCUACCCUGGGUGAUAGUGAAGUACCUGUAUGAGAAUAAGGAGUGCUGGGAAAAAAAUUACAACAUGUGGUUUUGGUGGAUUAUUCGUUCCCCGAUAUUGCUGGCAGUUCUGAUCAACUUCUUCAUCUUCAUCCAGAUCAUCAGGAUCCUGAUGUCCAAACUGAGGGCACACCAGAUGAGAUACACAGACUAUAAAUUCCGUCUGGCAAAGUCCACUCUCACCCUCAUCCCCCUUUUAGGGAUCCACAUUAUCCUUUCGGCCUUUGUCACUGAUGAACAAGUACAAGAAGGGCCGCUGCGUCUUGCAAAGCUUUUUUAUGACCUCUUUUUCAAUUCUUUCCAGGGUCUGCUGGUUGCUGUCUUGUACUGCUUUGUUAACAAGGAGGUGCAGUCAGAGAUGAUAAAAAAGUGGAAGCGCUGGAAGCUGGGCAAUGACAUAGAGGAGCAGUACCGUCACAGUCACACCCCCCACAUCAAGGGCAGCGUUGUGCUCCACAUGCCAUGCCCCCUGAAAUCGCCAGACCCUGGUCAUCCCAGUGGCAGCCAUGAGGAGAAUUGUAGGCUGGUGCCUGCCAAACUAGAUGAUGGCCUGGAGUUCCCACCCCUGCCACAAGGAGACAGCAGCUGCAGUACCCUGAUAGAGAACAUCUGCCUGGAGGACAAAAUGCACUGUUGCAUGCCUAGUGGGGAGAGCGCUGAGAAUGACUUCUGAUUUGUGGAACCACGGUGUUUACUCUUGUUUCCCCCGAUCGCAAAUCGAGGCCCAUUCAAGACAAGCAUCCAGGACACAGAGGUGCUGGCCCGGAAAAGUGGCCCCCUUCCUGGUCUGUUGGCUUCUGUAUGGCCCGAGAGACCAAUGAGCCUCCUCUUGAGUCUCAGCAAGACUCUUGGAGGUCCUAGCAGGAACACGUAAGGUGUUCUUGGUUGCUGAGCGGGUUUAUUUAUGUGUUUCAAUGUUAUAGACAAAGACUAGUUGCAAGACCUUGAAAGUGCAGGAUAUUUGCAUAAAAGUAUGUAUAACAGACUGUAAAAGGUGAACUAGUGUAUCACAGUCAUACAACACAUACACAGAAACCUCAAGUGAGUGAAGAGUCUUAGCUCUGGCCUCUUCAGUAGCUUCGUGUCAAAAUUGUGUCAUCUGCUGUCAGUGGUGGUACUUGAGUUGUAAGACUUCUACACACAUGUUCUUUUCCCAGGAAAUAUCAACAGAAUAUAAAAAAGCAGUCUUCAAAUCCAUCCAUAAGUAUUGAUGCCUGGACCAGUAGUUUGUCAGCAUUAAAGAUGCUUUAAUGUGAUUAAAUGUUGUUAAUUAAUGGUGUUAUAUUCCAUCAUGAACUGAGUUAAGAAGGGAAUCCCAACAAUAAGUUAAUCCUCUGCCAAGAAAGGACUGUGCCAGCCAUAUCCAGCAGAUAGUUUCUCUCAGAUUCGGUUGUCCUGGGAUGUUUGGAAUGCUGGAACUCAAAGCAUUUUAAGAAUUAGCUGGACUCUGAAUGAAUUUUAGCCAUUGAGUUUGAGGACUCCCCAUGGGAACGUCUAUAGAAUUCCAAAAAUUCCUUUGAAAUUCUGCUGUGGCUUAUAUAAGAGCAUGAGAGAGCAGCAAUGGGUGAAACGAAAAAAAAUUACACACCAUAGUGAUUUCCAACAUCACAUUUACCCGAAGUAUGAGCUUUACUUUUUUUUUUUUUUUUUUAAAAACAGACGGAAGGUGAAAACCUGGAACAGUGCUGUUGUUGAUGUUCUUCUUGUUCUUCUUGUAAUAGUAGGGGUAGCAGCAAUGUUAGUAGACUUUUUAUAAUGCAAGUACAUGUGUCCUUUGGGAGGCAUCAGAACAAUGUGAAAGUUAGUAGUGAUGUGAAUCAGAUCCCAAAAAGACAGAGUGCCUUUGUUCUGAAAUGAAAGCAAUUGGGUGCUUAUGUGGAAUACCAAUUAGAAGUUUGAGUACACCUGCUUGAACCCUGACAAAAAAAAAAGAAAUCAGAUGUUUCAGAGUGGAAUUCAGCAGACAUAUCGGUGAGUGGAAAUGUGAGAUUCUGAGGUACAAUCAGUAAGUAAUUGUAAGACAAUGAGAAGGUGACUGCAUGAGUUGUGCCUGUCAGGUACCCUCUAUCCAGCAUGAAGGUGGUAUUGUGUUGAUAUGGGGUUGUUUAGAUGGUGACAGAGUCAGCAAUCUUUACCAAGUCCAUUGCAGUCUCAACUAGCAUGACUAUCAUAGCAUAUACAUUAUUGAGACAUGCCAUUCCAUUCGGGUUACUACUAGUUGGGUAAUCCUUCAGCAAAACCCAAAAUACAAUUCAAAGAUGUGCAAGAACUCUCUAGAGAAGAAAUAAACUGAAGGACAACUGAAAUGAAUGACCUGAAUCAGAAAUGUUGUCAAGUAUGAAAAAAUAAUUUCCAACAGCAUAGUUCAAAUGUGAAAUCAGACUUUUCAAUUUUAUUAAAUGAAGACCUUUCUCUUCUUCUGCAUAAUGCAUGCCUAUGUGGAUCCAUGUUUACACACACAAUCCCACACAGCUGCAAACAGAACAAGGCACAUACAGUAAGCACUGCAUGUACUCUUUAUCUUAGUCUUGACACAGCACUUUAACUGUGACCAAAACAAUACCUUCACAGCAGGUAUGUCUUGUGAGUUUAAUUAAACUGCACCCACUGAAGCCAGCAGUCAUUGUGAAUUUAAGGCUUUGGGAAGCUGCUGGGUCUUUCCUGAUGACAGGUUCAUAUUCAAUGCACAUUCUCCAUGGUUUUCUGUCCUUUUCUCCAGAGUGUGAUAGGACAGGGUGUCCUAAUUGUGAAUAAACGUGUUUUGUGUGCUGUUUGCCAUGGGUAUCAUUUUGAACAGACAGAAA